AUGCACAUUCUUCUCACUGGCGUUUCUGGUCGUAUCGGACCUCAUGUCCUUACUCACCUCUUAUCUCAAGGACACACCGUGACGGCCAUUGACAAAAUUCCCAUGACCGAUUCCGUGGUUUCUAACCUACCUACAAGUUCCAAUUACAAUUUCUAUCAAAUUGAUUUGACACAAGUAAGACCAUUACAAACUUUACUCGAUGAGAUUGACACUUUGGAUGGUGUAGUACAUCUUUCUGGUAUUCCUGGUCCAUAUGAUCAUGAUGCCCGCGAAGUACAUAAUAAUAAUGUCGUAGGAACUUAUAAUGUACUUUAUACUGUUCUCUCGAAAGGUGUAAAGAGGGUAGUUCAGGCAAGUUCGGUCAAUGCUACUGGUGGAGUUUUUACAGCUUUGGAAAGACUUAAAUUUCCGAAAUUACCUUAUACAGAGGAUAGUCCUUGUACACCUGAAGAUCCAUAUUCCCUUUCGAAACAAAUCUCAGAAAUACAAGCUUCAGCCUUGACCAGAUUAUUCCCUGGAUCACGUAUCUCCUCCCUUCGUCUUCACAUGGCAUGUACCUCAUACGACACCGCAAAAUCACUUUCCAUUCCUACGGGUUUAUGGGGUUGGGUGAGUUACUCCUCUAUAGCAAGAGCGUGUCUUGCAGCUAUAACGGAAGGUGAAUGGGAAGGACAUGAAGUUUUCAAUAUCGUUUCUCCUGAAAUAUGUCAUGAAGUAGGAGAACAAGGAGGGGGACAAUCGAUCGGAAGUUUGGAUUUGAUGAAGAUACAUUGGAAAGAUGUUGAAGUUGAUGAGGAUUGGUGGUUGGAUAAUCCCAGAAAAGGUUUUUGGGAUUGUUCAAAAGCUAAGAGAAUGUUGAGGUGGAAUCAUGAUGAGUAG